CUCUUCGUAUUCGUCACUCACACUGUUAGAUCUCUCUCUCUCUUCCAUCUUCUCCGAUACCUUUAACGGUAACUUUCUAAAUCAGCGGUUACGGAAAAAAAAAAAAAAGAAAAAAAACCCACAAAACCUUCUUCGCGAUACUCGUUAUGACUCUCUCUCGUCUCUCUCUGGUCGCUGCGACGGCGGCGAUGUUAAUGGUGGUUGCGACUGCGCAGAUCGGAGGUCAAGUGUUGCAAGUGGAGUUAUGGUGCGUAGCGAAGAACAACGCGGAAGAUUCUUCACUACAGACUGCGAUUGAGUGGGCUUGUGGUCAAGGCGGUGCCGAUUGUGGUCCGAUUCAGCAAGGUGGACCUUGUAACGACCCGACGGAUGUUCAGAAAAUGGCGUCGUUCGUUUUCAAUAAUUACUAUCUGAAGAACGGUGAGGCUGAUGAGGCUUGCAAUUUCAACAAUAACGCUGCUCUUACU